GGCAGCAACAUCAAGGCAGAGGGAGCCACUGCAGAGAAGAGGCAGGGGGUGAAAGAGCCAUUCUCCCCAGCAGGGAGGCAAGCUUCUGGGUUCAGCAGGACGCAACUCUUCUUCAGGCUGGAGCUGCUGGAUGUCCAAAGCAGAAAAGGGGCUUUGCGGAGAAGGAGAAAAAGAUGCUUCUGGUCCUCAUAGGGGAAGCCCUGCGGUUUUGUCUUCAAGGGAGGAAGGGUCAGAGUGCAAGCCAGCGCCGGCGGGAGAUUUCCCCAGCAGCAGCCGCACCGUCCCAGCCUCAGGUUGCAGCAGCCCAGACACCGUGUCCCCGUCCUUGAUUGCGGAGGAUGAUGUCUUCUUUGACAGCAUGGCAGAGGAGAGGGAAGAUGCUUCUUCUCCAGAGCAGGAUGCCUGUCCAGGCACAGUCCACAGCAGCACGGAGGACCUCCUCUCUAUAGACUCCGCUCUCCAGGGCUCCGAGUACUACAAGGACUUGGGCAUCGUCGGGCCCGUGGAGAGUGGGGGCAGUGUAGCCACCCCGGCAGCCCUACAGCUCGAAUGGACAUCCCGGGGGGCCCCCAGCUGUUGCUUAUCAGCGGAGAAGUCCAGGGACUAUGCGGGGGUGCGUACCCAUGGCUCCUGCCCCUGUGGCCUUGCGGUGGAUCCCAGCUUGCAGGUGGCCUCUCACUACCUGGAUGCAGAUUGUGCCUGUUCGUGCGGCGCUGAGGGCCAAGGCAUCUUUGCUGGGGCAGAACUGGAACCGGCUCCAGAGAGAGAGGAACCCUUUCCGGUUUUGACCAGGUCCAUGUCUACCUCGCGGCGACACAGCUGGGAAACGCCCAUCUCUCCAACAGAUGGCCAGCACAGGCUCAGCCUGGAUGCCUCAGAGAUGGGGAGUGACACAGAAGCACGGGGGGAGGAUGAAAAGGAGAAGCAUCCUCCCGAUCUGUCCUCACCUCUAGCAGGACUAGCAGCUUGGAGUGGUGUUGGCAGUACAGUGAUCAGAGUGGAGAUUGAGCCCUUGUGCCCGGAGCUGGGCCUUGUGCAAAAGGCUGGCGAUGCUGCGGAUUUUGGACGCGGAGGUGGGAAGCGGCUGAGGUCCAAGUCUGUCCCGUCUCCACGCAUGUCCCGGAGCCUGGAGGUUUCACUUCCGGUUACUGUGGGGAUUGCGCCGCCUGUGCUGGAGAUGAUAGAAAAAGAACAAGUAGCCCCGGAGCAAGUGUUGAUGGUUCAACAGGUGCUGAAGGAGCUGACCCAGUAUCAUGGCACUAAGCAGAGGCUGUGUGUGCCUGAAGACAGCGGAGGAGCCCAGCAAAACCUGACCUGGUUUGAAUUCCUCUCUAAUGAGAGUGAAGAGAGUGGGAAGAGUGAUAAGGCCGAGAGGGGAACCAAAGUGAAGCGUCGGCUGAGCAAUCUGCGCAACCGCGUCACCGGAACAUGGCAGAAGGGUAAGAACAAAGACCGUGCGAAGGAGGUGGUGGAGGUGAAGGAGCGGACGCAGGCACUGCAUGGGCAUGAGCUGACACUGGGCGCCUUCUCUAACAGCACCUGCUGCUCUCUCUGUGGCAAGGCCCUGCUGAACAAAGUGGGGCUGCAGUGCGUGAAUUGUGCCGUGAAUGUCCACAAGAACUGCAAGACCCUCCUGUCUGAAUGCAGCAGUGCCCAACCCAAGCAAAAGGAUCUGCAGCUCCCCCCUCCGGGCUCCCCACCUAGUUCGCUCCAGAGAUCCUGUCCAGCCUCCUCUCUCAAGCAGCACCCACGGAGCACCCUCCUGGCCCCGGAUGGCGGCACCCCUGCCUUGCCCCGCGGUCUCGGUAUGACGAUCGCGCAGAGGGGAGGUUCGCCGUCUCCGCUGAGCACCACCUCUGUUGGAGCUGUCGGGAAGCUCGGCCUUGCUGGGGGAGAGAUGGACGAAGGGGAUUCAGGAAUCCUCAGGCUUAAACCAGCCUCUGAAGACGUUGUCUCGCUGGCACCGUCGACAACGGAAUCAGUCUUUGUGGAAGACGCUCACAUUGCCUCCUUGCGGAACGAGCUGGAGACGGACGCUCGGGAGUUCGAGGCUCAGUCGUGGAGUCUGGCGGUGGAGCAGAGUUAUGUGAGGAAACAGGAGAGGGAAGUCAUCAAGAGGCAAGACGUCAUAUACGAGCUGAUGCAGACGGAGGUGCACCAUGUCCGGACCCUGAAGAUCAUGCUGAAGGUCUACUCGCGAGCCAUGAGGGAGGAGCUUCAGCUUGGCACCGCUGCCAUCCACCGCCUCUUCCCCUGCGUGGAUGAGUUGCUGGAGCUUCACGGGGCCUUCCUCUCCCGGCUGAAGGAGCGUCGGAAGGAAGCCCUGGAGGAAGGCAGCGAGCGGAACUACGUCAUCCAGAAGAUCGGGGACCUCCUGGUGCAGCAGUUUUCAGGCGACACGGGAGAGCGGGUGAAGGAGAAGUAUGGCGUGUUCUGCAGCAGCCACGGGGAGGCUGUCAGCCACUAUAAAGAGCUGCUGCAACAGAGCAAGAAAUUCCAGAACCUGAUCAAGAGAAUCAGCAAUUCUUCCAUUGUGAGGAGGCUCGGUGUGCAAGAGUGCAACCUCUUAGUGACUCAGCGCAUCAUGAAGUACCCGGUCCUGGUGGAGCGCAUCCUUCAAAACACGGAAGCUGGCACGAAGGAGUACGAAGACCUGACCGUGGCGCUCUCCCUGAUCAAAGAGGCCAUCACGGCUGUCGACACCCAGGUGAACGAGUGUGAGAAGGGUCAGCGCCUCCGGGACAUAGUGGCCAAGAUGGAGCUCAAGUCCUCCGGGAAGUUCAGGAAUGGCCUUGUCUUCCGGAAGGAGGACGUGCUCCAGCGGCGCCUCCUGGUGGAUGGGAUGCUGUGUUGGAAAGCUGCCUCAGGGCGCCUGAAAGAUAUCCUGGCUGUUCUGCUGACAGACGUGCUUUUGCUGCUUCAAGAGAAAGACCAGAAGUACACGUUUGCCUCCGUGGACGCGAAGCCACCAGUGAUCUCUUUGCAAAAGCUGAUCGUCCGGGAAGUGGCCAAUGAGGAGCGGGCGAUGUUCUUGAUCAGUGCCUCCUUAAAGGGGCCGGAGAUGUAUGAGAUUCACACCACCUCCAAGGAAGACAGGAACUUCUGGAUGGCCCAAAUCCGCCAGGCUGUAGAGAGCUGCCCCGAUGAAGAAGAAGAGAUCCUUGCCAACCCCGAGGAGGAACGGAGGCAGGCGGAAACGAGGGCAGCGAAGCUGAAGGAAUUCCAAGAGCGCCUGAGCAUGAAAGACAACUUGAUCCUGCAAAGCCUGGGUGAGAAGCAGCAGAUCUACCUGGAGAUGGCGGAGAUGUAUGGAUUCGAGGACCCAGCUGCUGGCUCUUGUUCCCGGCUCAUCUGCCGAGCCGAGUGCCCUGAGAACCUGCAGGGGGAGGCUAUCCUCAAACGGGCUGUGACGGAAGUGGAGAGCCUCCAGAGUCUGAUUUUCACCCAGCUAGGGAAUGCGACCGCUCGCCCUGAGGAUACCUGCGGGUCCAGCCUGCUGAGGCGAGCAGAGACCUUUGGGGGGUAUGACAGCACCACAGCCGGGCUGGUCAAAGCUGGCAGCUUCAAGAAGAAAGUUUGCGGUGGAGAGCUCCAGGAUCGCCGCCCCCCCCCUGCCAACUUGGAGGAGCCCCCUUUGGCCAGAGAGAAAGGGCUGCAAUUGGGUGAUAAUACGAGACAGGAGCAUCCCGGCCACUUCCUGGAAACGGAGGCAGAGCUUGUUCAAAGGAUACAGACACUCUCUCAGUUGCUUCUCAGCCUCCAGGCAGUGGUGGCCCAGCAGGAGAGCCGCCUGGAGUUGGAGCGCAGCACCCUCCUGGACCGGGAGCGGCAGUUCCGCCUGCAGUCCACCCGGGGCAGCCUGCUGCUGGAGCAGGAGCGGCAGCGCACCUUCGAGAAGCAGCGGGAGGAGCUGGCGGCCGUGCAGAAGCAGCAGAGCCAGCUGAAGUGGGAGCGGGGGCGCUGGGAGCGGGAGCGGGAGAGCCAGCGGCGGGAGGGGGAGGCGGCAGAGGCCCGGCUGCGGGAGCGGGAGGAAGAGGCGCGGCGGCUGCGGGAGCGGCUGGCCCAGGAGCGGCAGGAGCUGGAGCGGCAGCGGGAGGCCUACCAGCACGACCUGGAGCGCCUGCGCGAGGCCCAGCGGGCCGUGGAGAGGGAGCGGGAGCGCCUGGAGCAGCUGCGCAAGCUGAAGAAGCCGCCCUCUGCCGAGAUGGGCCAAGUGCACGCCUUGAGCCAUUCUGCCAGCUUCAACGGGGAAGGGCUGGACGGGGGCGUGGCCAAGCUGAGUGGGCGAGGCAGCGUCUCUGGGACGGACUACCUGGAGCGGGCAGAAGCGGCCCACAGGGAGAGCCCCGCCCUGGAGGGGGGCCGCCUCGUCUUGGCCCUCAAGAGUGAGGUGCCCAUCCACCUGCUGAGUGCCACCAACCAGGCCCAGAAGCAGGCGGCUGUGCAGCAGCAGAUCCCCACCAAGCUGGCCGCCUUCACCAAGGGCAGCAAGGAGAAAAGCGGGAAGGGGGCCGGCAAGGCCUCCCACCGGGCCGAUAGCUCAGGAUCAGUGGACCUGCGGCAACUCCUCCCUUCCAGGGCAGCCGGCAGGGAAGACCCUCUGGCUGGGAGCAGGCACUCCACGAGCCCAGUCUUUCCGCACGGCCAGAGUGCACGCUUCCUGCCAGCAGAACCGCCUGGGCCUGCCGAGGGCAGCCAGCCUGAAGCACUGCCUGCUUCUGCCAACCUCUUCAAGCCCAACAGCGUUCACGCCCUUCCACCUCCCCUGCACGAUGAUGCUGGCAAGGAGGACGUUAUCUUUUUCUGAUGGGCACCAAGGAGAGCUGCUUCUUCGCCCCACGGGGAGUUGGGAGUCCCUGCCGUUGGCUCUGUGGCUCAAGACAGAGGCCAGGAGACACCAUCCAAAGCAGGGAGGCUGCUCUUUGGGAUUCCUCCAGACGGCCGUGUGCGUUGACGCCUGGACUCUGCCCGCCUUGCUCUCCAGGCGGAUGCUGCAGUCGCAGCCCAUUUGCGGUUGCCGAGGGCGGUCCUUUCCCACAGCUGCAUUUUGAAACAACCACUCUGAAGUCAGCCUCUCUGGCUCGGAGGGCCACACAAGGACUUUGGAGAAGCCGAAGAGAGCUUGACUUGGGAGGGAGGGUUGCACUAGUCACCUUGCCGUCUCUCAGAGGACGCUCCUUCCUCCCCCUCCUCGCUCUGCCAGCAGCAGGUUCCCUACAGGGAGGAGGGGUGGAUUGUUGCUCCCGUCAGAGACGGGCAAAAGGGCAGCUGGAUCCCUGGCAUAACGCCCUUGCCAGCAAAGGGUGGGGUCAGUGGCUGCUGCGAUGGCUGUGGCUCUGUGCCUCAGGCGGAAGGGAUGGAGAGCCUUGGACUUUAAAAAGCAACCAUGAGCAGACUUCGCUUCCGUCCUCAGCCAAGAGAGAAUGGGAGCCUCCAUUGCCUGCUUUGUUAGUCCUUCAUGCCAGUCCAACUGCUCUGUGGCCUCUUGUGCGCUGAUGUCAUCCGUGUCUGCCAUCCAGUUCCCCCCGUUGCUGAGAACCGAUCUGCUGGGCCUCAAGCGAUUCCCCUGGUGCUUUUCCUGCAUUAAAGGGGCCUUUUCAAAAGGGACCAUCUUGGGAGGGAGCUAGGCAGCAGCUGCCCAGGCUGGCUUCCCACAUGAACGCUCUUCCCAUUAAGGGCCACUUUUCUCAACAGUCCAUGUGUGGACGAGAUGGCCUUGUCCCUUAAGUUUCAGUGGAAGUGGCAGAUCCAACUGGAAAAGAGUAAUUCAAAUGGUCUACAAACAUUUUCCUCUGCCCACCCACCCCCCAAAAAACCCAUUGUUGUAUGAUUUAAGUAUUUAUUUGUUUAUUGUGUAAGUCUCCUUGACACCUUUGGGUAUAAGGUGACAUAAAUAAAUAAGAUAGCGCAGAAAUAAAGCUAUAAUAAUAAUAAUAAUUUA